UUACAAGGACCAAGCCUGAAUGUCGGCCAUCUCUAACAUAAAUCAACACGUUGGCUCUUGGCGUGGGGGAAUUAGAUUAUUGACAGCAUAAUCGUUGAGCUUCUCCAAGGCGACGUGCAAGAAUUAGGAUCACGUGGUCUCACGCUUAGUGUGAUUGGGGAAGGCGAAGGAAAAGUGUGAGAGUGAUCGGAAGAUAGCCUACUGCUCCGAGAAAAACAAGUGGGAGGAGUAAAUGCAUCGCCAAACUAAGCAUCAGUGACAGAUUAUUUCGUUGGCUCCAUCGACAGACGACCAGAAACAUCAAUACUAACCCAGUGAUCUUACGCGCGGAGAGCAAUUCCAAUUCGCAGUUGGCCUUCGCGUCGGAGGAACGCAACGUGAAAGUUCCCGUAGAAACCUUCUGGUUUGGAUAGCCGCCUCUGGAGUUCUCUUUGCCCUGUCCAGCCGUCCGAUUCCCGCCAUGUCCGCCCCCGGCUACCCCGGCGCCCCCAACCAGCCGCCCUAUCCCAUGGGCCAACCGGGGGGCUACUCCAUGGCUCCCUACCCGGUGCCCCAGGGGGGCUACGGGGACCCCCACCAGGCGGCCCCGCCGCCGGGCUUCAGCGUGGGCUACCCGCCCCACCCGGGACCCCACCAGGACCAGCCCAUCAUGUACCAGCCGGGCCCCAUGGCGCCCGGCCCGGGCCCCGGGGACCAGGGCCCGCCCCCGGCCCACAACCCCCAGUACGCUGACUCUCCCAAGGGCAACGCCGUGUCGCCGGCGCCCGGGCAGGUGGUGGUCCCGGUGGGGGUCCCCCCGGGCCUGGAGUACCUCACCCAGAUUGACCAGGUACUCAUCCACCAGAAAAUUGAACUCCUGGAAGCCCUCUUCAGCUUCGAGACCAACAACCAGUACGAGAUCAAGAACAGCCUAGGCCAGAAGAUCUACAAGGCCAAGGAGAAGAACGACUGCUGCACGCGCAACUGCUGCGGCUCACUGCGGAGCUUCGACAUGAAGAUCAAGGACAACAACGACCGCGAGGUCAUCCGCCUCAUCCGUCCCUUCCGCUGCGUCUCCUGCUGGUGCCCCUGCUGCCUGCAAGAGUUGGAGGUCCAGGCUCCACCAGGCACCACCAUCGGCUACGUCAACCAGGACUGGCACCCGUGCCUGCCGCGCUUCUCCAUCAGCAACGCCAACAAGGAGAAGGUGAUGGCGCUGGAGGGGCCGUGCUUUGCCUGCAACUGCUGCGGAGACGUCAACUUCGAGCUGAAAUCCAAAGACGGCAAGGAGCCCAUCGGACGCAUCAGCAAGCAGUGGAGCGGGCUGCUGAAGGAGGUCUUCACCGACACCGACAACUUCGGCAUCCAGUUCCCCAUGGACCUGGACGUGAAGAUGAAGGCCGUGCUCAUGGGCGCCUGCUUCCUCAUCGACUUCAUGUUCUUCGAGAAGGUGGGAGAGGCGAACCAGCGCAGCACCGUCUUCAGCUGAAGAGGAGGAGGACGACGACAGAGGAAGCGGACGGCGUGGUGAAAUCUGGGCUUUUAAUCCCUCCUACUGCGCGCGCCGCCAAGCUUAACUAGCCAGAGGUUUAUUUUCUUAGGGAAAACGAGUAGAACCUUAUCCGUGAUGCCCCCGGCCAAGUUCACAGUCACGUCUUACAAACUUUACCCCUGAGAAAAUAAACUUGAAGUUAUUUAAACUAAAUCGGCCUCAGUCGGUGCCCUGCACUUGUAAUAGUGGCUCUGCACAUAUCUAACGGCGUCAGAAGCCACAGAGUCAGUUCCCUUUUUGUUUUUUUCUUGCAUGAUCAUUCUUACCAUGUUCUGUUAUAUAGUGAAACAGGAGGAAGCCAUAGUUAUAGAAAAGCGUCACUUUUUGUAAUGGUCCCCGGUAUCAAGCAAAGUGCGUUUUUGAUUCAAAACGGCCCCGGAAAUUAACCUUUUUAUGCGAGGCCCGACAACACUUCCUUUUCUAUGGAGUCCAUUUGACCACGCCCUUUUGGCCAGGCGCUUCUUAGUGAGGGUCAGUUCCUGUUCUGGUAACGCUAUCUCACAGCCCCACAUCUGAAGAAUGCACCAAGCCGGUGACUUGCCUCAUAUCCGAUGAUACAUCUAUAAGCUUGAUCUGUCAUUAUCCGCAGAACUUUGUCUUGUGAGGCGUUUUUAGGAUGGUUGUUGUUUAAACCUGUGUUUCUACAAGUAUGAUGUGCUCCCUUGUAAUGGCAUUAUAGCUCGCAUUCUAACUCACCUUUACGCCGCAUUGAAUAGCAGCAACCUUAUUUUUUGUAUUUUAUUAUUUCGAUAAAUCCUAUGUUUACGACUAUGAUAUUCUCCCUAAUCAAACCACUCACUGUUAUGACAUCGUUAUGGUCGGAGUCGAUGAUUUCCUGUUUGUCGUGCGGGGGCUUGCGGUGCCUGAUGGAGUGGGGGCUUUCAAUGCACUCAACAGUGGCCAUCAACAGUUUCUGUCCCCGUGGUGUACCGCAGGGCUUUCGUGUGGCAGAGCGCAACCCGUUUAUGGUGAGAGAGAAUAGAGAGAAAAGAGAGGUGCAUGAGAGACGGUUAAACAGAGGAGGGUGGGAGGGAGGGAGGGGGGGGGGGGGGGGGGGGGUGAGGGAAAGGGAAUAAACAAAGGAGGCGAGGUUGAGGUUUCAGCAGGAGCUCAGCAGGCAGGAAACAUACAAAUUAACACUUUCACAGCUCGUCACAUGAGAAAAAGCAUUUAUUCUAUGCAUGUCUGUAUUUAUAUAUAAAUAUAUAAUAGACCUAUAUGUCAAAUAUAUAAUUGCAAGUAACCAAAGCUUGUUUGAAUUCACUCCUUUUUUGUUCUGUAUCCAAACGGACCAUCCACAUGGACACUCAGAUCACAGGGGUGCGUCUCUUGUCGAGAACAAUCGCCAGUGUUUCGCCUCGACUCGUUUGAGUAACGUGGAAUUAGAACCAGUCAUGGAAUAGUACGUUUUUCAAUCACUGUCCGCUUCAAUCAUCAUGAGUAGGGAAUAUACCAUUGGAAGUCUCCUCAACGGAGUCCACACAAGGGUUCACCUCGCGCUUCAUGACCAUAGAUACAAAGGGUCCAUUCCCACAGUAAUGAUUAACAUCUGGCUGUGGACCUUACCACUGGGCUGAGAUUGUUGAAGUGGAAAAAGGUGUUAAUCUGAAGUUAAUUAGAGUAUGCAGGCAUGAGCUGAGGUACACCUGUGUGUUGUUUUGUUAUGCACUGCCAACCCUUCGGCCCACAGUGAUGUGUCAUACCUUCUGAACUGUUUUGUAAUCUUUGUCUAGCAUAACCUUUAAAGUGCCUUCCGGUGUACCUUUACAAAGAUUACUCAUUUGGGGCCUCAGCUAAGGGACCCUUAACAGACCAAAUGAAAAAUGACCUCGCCCUCUUCUCCAGCCCUGAAGAACAGUGGGUAAUGUACUGUGAGGUCAUUUAAAUCGGCCACACUUUUGUUUUUGCAUUGAGGCUUAGCUCCGUUAAAGGUUUGUCUGUCUAAGGAUUAUGUUAGGUUAGUUGGUCGAUGGUAUAAUCAUUCUAUGCCUUUUCGAAACAUCAGCACAUCAGUCGAAACCAGUGUAUUUUAUAAAAUAUAUCUGUAAAUAUUUACGUUGAUUUUGUAUUCGAUUUGCACUCCUUUGUCUUAACUUUAAUUUAUGCCAAAAGUUAGACUGUACCCUGUGAACCUGCUCAUUGUAGACUUGAAAUGAAUAUCUAUGCAGAUGUGAGAGUUGAGACAGAACAGGAUGUUCAGACUGAGACCUGUGAUGCUGUCAACCAUGAGAACACUCAAGAUGACCGACAAACCACAUGAAUAGAUCGGCUCAUGAAGAACUUGGUUAUAUUUAACAAUAGGGGGAACCAACCCUGCAUGCUAAUCGUGCCAUCUAUAUUCUAUAUACACAAUAGUUCAAUAUGUGAGCGCUGUGUUGUCUUGUAUAUUGUUUUGCACUCAAGGAGAACAUAAAUUGAUAUCUCAAAAGUG